UUAGUAUUCCUGUCCUAUCAAUGUGCGGGGCCGCGAACAACGUCAGCCGGACCGAUUCCCUGCGUCUGCCGGUCCCGCCACGGAUUCAUUAGGGAUCCUCAAACAGAUGAGCCCCGUGGAGACGAGGAAUCAAGACAACGGAUUAGAGCCAAUUGCCUGCUUCGGGGACUGCCAGCCUUUCCAGGCCUGGUGACGGGGGAGGGAGGAGAUAGACGAACGGAGCGCCGCUGCGGGAAGACACCCGAAGCUAGAGCGACAAUCUCCCCCUGACCGCCCUCCCCUCCACCUGGCAGCGCAGGCUUUGAAAGCUGCUCACCCAUCUGAAUGGAAACUAGGAACCGCCGGGCGGCGUGUUCCUUCUUGCCCAGCCUCGCGAUCCAUGCCGAGGGGAAGGCAGUGCGAGCCCGCGCCAGCGUCCAGCUCCCGGGACAGGGCCGGCAGUGCUGCUGAGCGGAACUUGACCGAGCUCCUUCCUCGCUGCUAGUGGAAGCGAUGCUGCACGGCACAGCCAGCGCUUCCCCGGCUCUCCUUCAAGCUGAAGGUUACCCACCCGCGCAGCCAGUCCCAAGCCUGUGAGCGCCGCGCCUCGGGUCCCGGCUCCGGCUGCUUGGCGGCGGCGCGCAGGGCAACUACCUGGCCGCCCGCGCCGGGGCGCACUGCACCAGCGGCUUCGGCUUGGUGGAUGUGUAUGCAUGAGUUCUGCACCGAAUGGGCGCAAAAAGCGCCCCAGCCGGUCCACCCGCUCCUCAAUCUUCCAGAUCAGCAAGCCCCCGCUGCAGAGCCGGGAUUGGGAGCGCAGGGGCAGCGGCUCCGAGAGCGCCCACAAGACCCAACGAGCCCUGGACGAUUGCAAGAUGCUUGUCCAAGAGUUCAACACGCAAGUGGCCCUGUACCGAGAACUGGUCAUUUCUAUCGGGGACGUCUCUGUCAGCUGCCCCUCACUCAGGGCGGAAAUGCACAAGACAAGAACCAAAGGCUGUGAAAUGGCCCGCCAGGCACACCAAAAACUUGCUGCCAUCUCAGGCCCAGAAGAUGGUGAGAUCCAUCCAGAAAUCUGUCGGCUCUACAUCCAGCUGCAAUGCUGCUUAGAAAUGUACACAACAGAGAUGCUAAAAUCCAUGUGUCUGCUGGGGUCUCUUCAAUUUCAUCGAAAAGGAAAGGAGCCUGGAGGGGGAACCAAGAGUUUGGAUUGCAAAAUUGACGAGUGUGCUGAAACACCUGCUCUAGAGGACUCCUCAUCAUCCCCUGUAGAUAUUCAGCAACAUUCCUGGCAGGUUUCCACAGACAUUGAGAACACUGAAAGAGACAUGCGAGAAAUGAAAAACCUUUUAAGCAAACUCAGGGAAACUAUGCCUUUACCAUUGAAAAAUCAAGAUGACAGCAGCCUUCUAAAUCUAACUCCCUACCCCCUGGUUAGAAGACGGAAGAGAAGGUUCUUUGGGCUGUGCUGUCUCGUCUCAAGCUAGGUGAUUCCUCCUGGAAACCACCACUAGGAAGACCUGAAAAUAUCACUGAACCCGAGGACCUCCAGACAGCUGAACCACAGUUAUUGGUUUUUGACUAUGUUUUCUAUGCUUCCUUAUUACUUUUAUCCACCUCCCGCUGCCCUUUGAAAUGAUUUUACAUUUGAAAGCAGCUGCUGUCAAGAAGAAAAAAAAAAGACAGAUUCGAAAAGCAGGCUGUUUUUAAAAGGAUUUUUAAAGCUGACAUUGUGCAUGUCUGCUCCAAACCACACCAUGACAGAUGCAAGAAUUAUGAUUUUUAAAUUAUUUAAAGGUUUUUUAAGUAUUACACAGAGAAAAAUUAUUUCGUGUAUAAUAGUAUAUCUAUAGCUCUUGCUGAUCUCAUGUCAACAAAUGAUCACAUAUGAGAGUCUUUAAAUAUAGAAAUCUAUUUAAAACUGCAAAACUGUUCAAAAUCCAACCAAUAUUAGGAAUAAUAUUAUAAUCAAACGUACACCACCUCAACCUAUUGCUUUCUCUGCACUCAUUUACGUUUAGUCUUCCACUCUGUCAGAACCUAAGAGCUUCAACGUAAAAAUAUCUUAAUUUAUAAUGCAACAAAAACCAUAUAUGAAAAGUAUUUAAAUUUUGUAAAUACACAAUAAUCCUAAUAACUGCCUACAAUGCAUAUGGGCAACUAAUUUCCUUUCGAUCCAAUGGUGUCUUUUUCAGCUUCUUGGAGAAUGAAGUAAUCCAGUUAGGAAAUGGUGUAGUAACAUAUACAAUUACCCUCAAAUGUAAAAUUGAGUAUUAUCAUAUUUUGUUCUAAUUGAAAUCUGAAGCAUGAUGUCUGCACAUCAGCAUAGUGUUAAAUCUUAUAGGGCAUGCUGGAAUUAGCUCAGAUCGUAAAAAUACUUAACAUUUUACAUUGUUAAUAAAAUGUUUUUAGUUAA